AUGUCGUCUGACGCGGAUUACGCUGCGUUCUUGAAGAAGUCGCAGAAGGAUUACUCGCAAUCAUAUGAGGAGGAUCCGUCUAAGCAGGCAGCCACCACUACGGCGUCGACAGCACAGUCGGAGGUACACCCGGCGGUUCGAGCGCUUGGGGAAAGAUUCUUCGUCUCUGACGCGGACGAGCCUUUCGAGGGAGUUUCGUUUGCUUGGGACAAGGGAACGCUUCCUACUGAAGACGAGUUCGGGGAUUUGAUCGGAGUCCAGAACGGCCGAGAGAUUAAACUGCUGGAACCGAAUAAGUGGGACGUCCACGGAGAGUACCAGGAUGUCAUUGAAGCUGUCACCAAGGCCUCUAGCGGUGCUGCGGUUAAGGUCUAUCGUGUUGAAGGUGCUGGAAGCAGAGUCGAAUAUUUUGUUGUCGGUGUGGACAGCGGUGAAGGAAAAGUUGUGGGUGUUAAGGUACUUUCCAUCGAAUCUUGA